ACCCCUGAACCCUAAACCAACCCUUACAUUUUCUCUCUAGAGAUAGGUGAUUUUUGGAGAUUUCUAGUCGCCCAAAAUGGAACCCCAUCCGGCUGCAUUCCGACCACCAUGGCCACCGGAUCCGACCACCAAUAGAACCACCUCACUCCCCUCUAUAACCUACACCCAACCGCCGGCAAUAAACUCGCCGGAAUCUGAUGAAAAUCAAGCCCAAAACCCGAAUCUGCCGCAAUGUUUCUCUGUCGGAAAUCACUGUUCCGGUGAUACCCACGCCGGCGCACCACUGCCGGUCGAUAGAUCUCUUCCAGACGAUCACAACCAUGGUCGCCGUUCAUCAUUUGGAGCCUCCAAUCGGCCGAAAUUGCAUCAGAAAGUUCCGCCUGAGCUGCCUGCCGAAUUUCAAUUUUUCGGUGUCUCCGGUGGGACCCACGGUCGCGGACCACCGGCGGUCGGUAGCCCUCCUCCAGACGAUCACAACCAUGGUCCCCACUCACCAUUUGGAGCUCCCAAUCGACCGGAAUUGCACCUGGAAUGUCCGCCUGCGCUGCCUGCCGAAUCGCUGCCUCCCUUUCAAUUUUCCGGCGCCACCAGUGGGACCCACAGUGGCGGACCACCCAAUUUCUACUCCUCUCAUCAUGGGCAACAUCCACAUCAUAUGGGUCUUCAUCAAUUUUACCCCAAUCUCGCAAAUCGAACGGAUUCAAUCCAUCAAGGUCAAAAGUCCGAUUCUCUCUUAAUUGACCCCACAAAUGUGUUCGAUUCUGCAAUUAAACGUGGGGUAAAUGAAAUUCAAGCCCCAAAUACUCUGGGUAAUGUUCCAAUUGCUGAGAUUACAUCAUUAGUUUGCCGAAUCUUGGAAUCAAACGAUGUUCUUCACACCUCUAGCGCUGCUGGUCAGAUUUCUUCCAUUUCUGAGCAUUAUUUGAGAAAAUUGACACCUCCAAUGAACUCAGAAGGUCUAAAAACAUCAGAAGGGACUAUCAAUUCGAUCGAAAAUAUUACAUUGGAUUUUGUGCCAAAAUGCACACAAACCGAGGCAGUUGGUACUGCUGUUUCUGGGCAGAAUUCUGCAUUUUUGACACUGCCAUCAUCUCCAGAGCAUAUGAAAACCUUUGGUGAGACCAUUGCUCCGGCUGAAAAUGAUGGGAAAUCUGCAUUGGGAAUUGUGUCAAGUGGCACACAUAUCGAGGCAAAUCCUUCUAAUGUUUUUGGACCUCCUUUGAUCCCAGGAACUGCACCACUGGCUCCAAAUCAUGGAAAAACUCCAAGGAUCAACACUUUACCGCCUAGUACAUCCCAAACUGCGCGUACCAUCAACGCGCGAGUCCCUCCUGCACGUAAGCAACCCCCACCACCACGUGCAGCACCACGAGCCACUGCAACUUCCACAACUGCUCAUUCUGGUCCAAAAUCUUAUGCUGCAGCAGUUGGGACCCUUUCAUCCAUCAUGGUGAACCUGCAGUUCUAUUCACAGAGGCAGAUGAAGAAGUCUUGGCUGAGCCAUACAAGUUUACUCUUGUUGGCAAAUUUGUGCACCGGAGGCCAUCUAUGCUUAAGGUACAUGAAAACUUUUCUCGCUUUGGUUUUUGUGGUGAUUAUACUAUUGGUCUAAUUGAUGCCACACACAUUUUGAUUCACUUGGCGCACGAGGAUGACUAUGCACGGUUAUUCCUCAAACCACUGUGGUAUAUUGAUGGUUCCCCUAUGAGAGUCUUCAAAUGGACUCCAAGCUUUAGUCCACUGCAAG